AUAAGGAUGCUGUCUUCCAGAUGUAGUGUGUGGGUGUGAAGCUGUCUGUCGCACAUCAGCUGGUUUCUGUCACCGGUUUUCAACUAUUGAGCAGCGAGAAAAAGCGUGGCGUUCGGUUGUAAUGUCAGAGCAGGAGUUUGUAUUUUGCAGGAUAAUACUCACAUGAUAAGAAGAGAUUUGGAUUGUGGGAAAGUGUGUAGAAACUCUCCUGCACUAAUAAACACAUAUCGACUUCAAGGCUUUAUCUAUAAUACAGUCUGAACUCAUCAGCCAUGGCUGUAAGGCCCACCCUCGUCGUCAUUCUCUUUCUGAUUGGCUGCUGCGCUCUUGAGGACCCGCCCAAGGUUAUGGCCCCACCCCCUCCUCAUGGGUGUGGCGCUACAGUGGACCCGCCCUACAGAGUUUUGUGCGAUCUGGAGUCUGUGUGGGGCGUGGUGCUGGAGGCCAUAGCAUGCGGCGGGACCGUAUCCGCUCUGAUCCUGGCCAUAGUUCUUUUAGCCAAGCUGAAAACCAUAACGGAACCAGAGAAGCGCUGUGGUGUCGGCCCUCUCCUCCUCCUAUUGGCUGGAACCAUGGGUCUCUUCAGCCUAUCGCUGGUCUUCUUGGUGGGGCGUGGCGAGGUGCUCUGCAUGGUGCGCCGUGGGCUGUGGGGGGUGCUGUUUGCGAUGUGUUUCUCUUGUCUGCUGGUGCAGGGAGUGCGGCUGAAGAAGCUGGCCGGAGGGAGGCGGAGCCCAGUGGGCAGCUCUCUCGCCGGAUUGGCUUUUGCUCUCACUGUGGUUCAAGGCAUCAUUGCUGGAGAGUGGCUUCUGCUUACGGUGGUCCGCGAGGGACAUGCAGCCUGCGAUUACCUGCCUUUAGACUUUGUGCUGGUGUGUAGCUAUGCUCUAGUGUUGUUGCUAGCUGCUAGCAUGUUGUCGUUGGCUGUGGUGUUGUGCGGAGGGAGCAACAGAGAGGAAUCGAGCAGGAGGAGUAUGAAGUGGAGAUGCAACGCUGUCUGGCUUUUCCUCUCAUGUCUGUCUUCGCUUCUCCUCUGGAUCGCCUGGCUCGGUUUCUAUCUGUACGGAGACGCCACCAUCACGACCAUAGCGAAGGAUUGGGAUGAGCCGGCAUUAGCAGUCGCCUUGGUGACCGAGGGUUGGGUGCUGCUGUUAUUUCAUGCUAUCCCAGAAACGCACCUGUGCUUGCGUCCAUCCAGUCAGAGGAACACAGACACCGGCCAGAACUACUACGACACUCCUCAGCCGCCAACGGCACAAAGUUACCAUGAUGACGAGCGGCCGACCAAUCCCAGAGCUCCGUUCGCAGAGAGCCAGGCGUACACCGUAGAAGAGCACAGUGCGGUUCUGCAGACUGGAGGUUAUCAUAACGGAUUGAUACGUCCCGCUGUGCCGUACCGCAGUCACGUUUACCAGCCCACGGAGAUGGCCCUGCUCAUGAACGCUGGACCAAUCCCAUCCGCCCCCCCAAACUUCACUGGGAGGCAUCUGUGGUGA